CUCCGGUUUUUCAACGCCAGUCAGGUUUUUUUUUUUUCGAUUUUGUGAGAGGUUGCUAAACUGUGUAACCGCCAUGAGGCAUUGUUCUGCGCAGUUGUCGUUUCAAGACCUCACUUAAAAACUCUCAUUAACAGACAGCUUAGGAAUCAUCAUUGCAUUAAAUGCUCAUAUCGCCUACUCCAUUGGUCCAUCUCUCGAGAGAUUUCUCAAAGCUAUACAAUAACCGUAGCCAGGCGGACAUUGUCAUUCUCACAGGUACUCCCGACCCUACCCCAUUCUACGCCCAUUCCUUGAUUCUACAAUGCCGAAGUGUUUACUUCGAUAUGGUCUUAGCCGACCGUUCUAAUAUUCAACGAGACAACGAUGGUUUGAUAGAGUUUGAACUCCCACACGUCAACAAACAUGCUUUCGCUAUGUUGUUACGCUAUUUUUAUUCAGGCACAGUCGACUGGGUUAUGGGCUUCAAGACGGAAACGGUUCCUCUGAGUACCAAGAAAUCAGAACCCACUUCACCUAGUAGAAAGCACCGGCCUCUCCGACGAUCAUCCUCCAAUAUCUCCACUCUUCAAAUUCUAAGUCAAAACAAUCCCUCCUUAAUACUUUCUAGCGAUGAUGAGAGUGAUGGUUAUUUCGGUGACAGUCAAUCUGAUUUCAGUCUUACACAAAGUGUGUUCAGCAUGGCCUCAUCCAGCAGCGGAGAGUCGGACGUCAAGUUACCUUUUCAAUCCAUCAAUAUUCCGAAAGUGAAGUCCACUACCGACUAUGAUACCCAAGGUGAUUUGUUGCUGGAUCUGCUCGUGGCUGCCUCCGAGCUGAUUGUCGAAUCGUUAGUCACACCUUUACAACACCACAUUGCUGACAAAUACCAAGUUUAUCUCAAGAGGCAUGUGUUCAAGGUCUUUGAGCUUGCGGACACAUACGAUUGGAGCAUUUUACGACUUCGCUGUACAGAAUUGCUAUGCUUGGAUCCUUAUGCGUACUUUCGCACCACGGGAUUUUCAAAGAUGAAAAAGCAUUUGUUAGUAGAAAUACUACACCGGAGCGACUUGCGAAUGGAUGAAUAUGACAUCUGGUGCGCGUGUCUCUUCUGGUCUUAUGCCCACGCACUGGACGAUAAAGAUGAUGGAAACAGUCAAGGCAUAUCACAAUGGGUGCCGUCAACAUCGAGACAUCAUGGACAAUUUGAACGGCCAAAUUCCCCCCAGCCUCCACGUCGUUCAACCCCAGAACUCCCACUGUACGCCACAGAUCCCAGCGUCUCCGACGAUGACAAUUCGUCCACUUGGUCAGAUGAACAGAAGAAUCUAGUAGCACAGGUCAAAGAUUACAUGACCGCCUUGGUUCCAUGCAUAAGAUUCCCCCUGAUCGAUGGAGAAAAGUACAUACAACAUGUUGAGCCAUACAAGGUCGUGCCACCCUAUUUGCGACAAAAAUUGUUACAUCACUACAUUCUUAGCAAGCAGGCUUCAUCACUCACUCUAGAUAAUCUCCCUCCACGACUUUCGGUGCCUAGAGAAUCAAAACUACUGGAUUCUCGACUUAUAUCUGGAUAUAAUAAGCAAAUCAUUGACCAUUGGAUUGCCGGAGAUAAAUCGAACAAUUGCUCUUCACUUGUAGAGAGUAUAGUUCCACGACCUUCAAUUGCCCAUCCUUCCUACAGACAAUCGUUAUGGAAACUUCUGUAUUCUAGCAAUGUACAUGGUCCAGAUAUGAAAUCUUUCCACCAUAAGUGCGAUAAUCAAGGUCCUACCAUCACAGUCAUCAAGAUCAAAGUGAGCGACUUUACAGAAGAUCGGCCGUGUUCUCCAUAUACCGAUUCCACCUAUAGCUCCGUAGCUCUGUCACCUUCUUCUGUUGCUGACCCGUCCCUUGAUCUUGUCUUGGGAAAGCUGCAAAUGACUCCAGAGCCUUCGGAUGCCGUUCCUGAUGCAGAGCCUGAUUCUUACGUACUCUCUCCCUCUGACGACUCUGGAACAACCUUUUCAUACCAACAGAAGACGUCCUAUGAUGAUGAGGAAAGGGAUUUGGGCAGUAAAACACAGGUUGAUGAUAUUUCAACGGCUUUGUCGCAGCCACAGCUCUACCCAGAGCCAACGCUUCAUUUACUUAAGCGAGCGCAUCUCCAUUAUGCCAUACAUAACCAUGCAGCUUAUGGUCCAAUCUUUGGAGGCGGCCAUGACCUGUUCAUUGGCAACCCAAUUGACGAAGCAACUAGUUUUUGUCGAAGUUACGCGUUUGAAGGACAAAUCAGAAGUGGAAAUGAGAAUGACUUUGCUAUAGAAGAAAUGGAAGUAUGGAGUGUUCGUAUCAAUCAAAAGUGCGUCUUUGACUCUGUCGAAUAAAACGCCAGUUUUGUAUUAUAUGCUGCUGCUUUCUUCUUCCUUUUUUUUUUUUUUAGAAUAUAUUAACUUAUCCUUUGCCAGUAUUGUUGCAAAAGUGUAGUUGAAAUUGCCCGGUUCAUUUACUGUACAGUAGUAUAACGUUAAAUAUUAAAUCAAUAAAACAAUCCAUC